AUGAGUCGCGCUGGUGAGCGACUUGACGACCAUUCUAUGUAUCUCCUUUUGUUUGCAUGUUUAGACCAUCUGACCAAAGGACCUUAUGAAGGAUCUAUUUCAGGGCUCAAAAGGGAAUUCACGACGGCACCAAAAAUGCCAGAGCUUAUUGAGUUGUCCGAGAAAUUCGUUAUGGUGAACGUGGAAGAUGAUGAUGAACCUGAAGACGAUAAAUACGCUCCCGAUGGUGGAUACAUUCCAAGAAUCCUGUUCUUAGAUACUGAUGGGGAGCCUCUGAAGACUAACAACCAAGCCAAAUAUAAAAACAACAAGUAUUUCUAUCCCCUUGUACCUCAAGUACUCGAUGGAAUGCAAAGGGCACUUGACGAAUUUGAAGCCAAAACUACCAAGGUGAGACUAUACUAUAUAAGAUUCAUAAUUGAGCUUUUCAGCGGGAUUAUUUGCUAUGAAAGCUUUUCCAAUUUUCCUGAUUCAGAUACUGAUGGGGAGCCUCUGAAGACUAACAACCAAGCCAAAUAUAAAAACAACAAGUAUUUCUAUCCCCUUGUACCACAAGUACUCGAUGGAAUGCAAAGGGCACUUGACGAAUUUGAAGCUAAAACUUCCAAGCACGACAAGAAGACUGUGGAACCGGAAGAGAAAGAGGACAAAAAAGAGAAGAAGGAAUCAAAGGAAGACAAAAAGAAGAAGAAGAAUGAGGAGAAGGAAACCAAAGAAGAAAAGGAAUCAGAGAAGAACGAUAAGAAAGAGAAAGAAGUAGAGAAGAAAGAAGACAAGAAAGAGAAGAAAGAAGACAAGAAAGAGAAGAAAGAGGACAAGAAAGGGAAGAAAGACGACAAGAAAGAAAAGAAAGAAGACAAGAAAGACAAGACCGAAGAUAAGAAGAAGGAGAAAGAUGAUAAGAAGGGAAAAGCAUCGGAAAAGAAGGAGGAUAAGAAAGGGAAGACAGACGAUAGCAAAAAGAAGAAAACCGAGGACACUAAAAAGGAAGAUAAGAAAAAGGAUAUCCAUCACGACCUUUUCUGCAAGCUCUUGGCGAAGAGAGGCUGCGAUGUCACAUCCAGCCUCAGAAACGCUGCGAAUUGCUAUGAGCCUCUCUUCCUUCGCGAUCUUGGUUCAAAGAAAUAG